AUUUCAUUCAAUCUACUCGACUGCAACAUCAACUGUCAUUGUUACUAUAGCCUAUUACUAUCCUUUCAUUAGCACAACUCGUACAAUCUCUAUCAUGCCUUCCCUUAUCAAAAAGAUCAAGAACGCUUUCAAGCCAGACACAAAAAAGAGUUCUACAAAGAAAGCUAUCGCUCCAACUUCAGCUGCUGUCACGACUGCCGUCACUGCCCCAAUUGCUACCGUCGUUGCUUCUACUACUGCUCAGACCCCGCGCGCUCUAUCUCAUCCUGAGAACACUCAUGUCAACCACACUUUUGCAGCGCUUGUAAAGUCUGACGCUCAGUUAGCUGCUCUCGCUGAUCAUCACUACACUAAACCUGCUAACGCUGAGUGCGUGGAUGCUGCUAAAGCUGCCCUUGAGGCUAAUGGCUUCAAAGUCCACCUCGUCAACAGCUGUGGAGAAGCAUUCGAGACUCUCAAAGGCCUGAUCCCCGCUGGGGCCAGCGUCAACAAUGCUCAUUCAACUACUCUUGAGGAGAUUGGAUUCAUUACCUACCUUAAAGGCGAAACUGGAUGGAGCAAUGUUCAUGCCCAGAUUCUUGCCGAGAAAGACAUGGCCAAGCAGGCUGAGCUUCGCCGUACCAUCGGUACAACUGUCGAUUACUAUUUGACUUCAAUGAGCGCCGUUACUGAGGAUGGCAAAUUGGCUCAUGCUGACCUUUCUGGCUCCAAAGUCGGUGGCGUUGCCUUUGGAGCCGCCAACGUGAUUGUUGUUGUUGGAACCAACAAGAUUGUCAAAGAUGAGGAUGAGGCUUGGAAGCGUACUAAUGAAUUUGCGCUUGCUGCGGAGAGUGCACGUGCCCGGGAUGCUUACGGUGUUCCUGCUUCUGCCAUUGUCAACUAUGAAGUAAUCCGCAAGGCUAACCCCUUUAACCCCAAUCGUAUUCAGGUUGUUCUUGUGAACGACACUCUUGGAUUCUAA